GAUGGGGUUGCGCUGUCGUAAGGACCUUCGUGCCGGCUGAGACAUCUCUCGUAAUAUAUCUUCCGGGAUUUCGAGAGGAGGGAGUAACGCCUCUAGAUUAGUCCCUGACGGUGGAUUCUCUGUGUCCUCUUGUUCAUCCUGAUCACCUUCACCCAAUGCCAAAGAGUGGAGAGACGACAGCGGAGAAGACAAAGGAGAAGGGUCGGCAUUAUCCUUAUUCUCCUGUCUCUCACCAAUGUCUGGCACUUUCGAAGGAAGACCAACCGACCUCCGAGAAAUAAGAUGAUCUAGCUGUAGUUCGUCUGGUGAAGAGCUAGGUACGUCCCAUAUGUCUUUAGGUUGCUCUCUUAACGGGGUCGACGGCGGGCUUGGUCUUGGUCUUGGAGUAGCUGAUAGAGUCGGGGAUGGAUGCGACUUCCUCCUAGGCGUAGCAUCCUCGUCAUUGACGUCUUCCGAUUGCGGUCCUUCAGCGAUAAUCCUAGCUUCCUUGUCGGGCACCUCCUUGGCCGAAUACUUUGCCUCCUCGUUUGCCUGGAUAGACACAUCAUGGACAUUUUGACCGGCUGUGACACAUCGGAAAUCAUCAACAAUGCCGCCUUGGGGGCUAUGGUGCUCCUCUUCCUCGGUAUCUUCGUCCGGUGGUCCCUGGGGAGUCGUAUUGAGCGCAUAAGGCGCCGGGGAUGCCCCAAGCUCAUCGUCACUACUAUCAAGAUCCUGAUUCACCUUUUCCGGGCUGCCCAACCCAUCAUCCUCGUCUGAGUCCGGUACAAACCCUCGUUCCCGCCAUGAUUCCAUGGCCCAUCUCACUAAUACUCCAUUACUUCGUAGGCGUAGGCUGUGAACAAGGGAUCUCCGCAGCCCCAAAUACUAAUUGGAGAUAGAUAUCACCACUGAUAUAAAUAAGUUUGAAGGAAUUAAUUACCAAUCAGGUGGUGGCCAAUUCAAAAUUGCUUGAAA